GGUCAGGAGGGUGUUUUCGCGGUGUCUCCUCCAUAUCGUCCUACACCGGUCUCUACUGCUUUACUCACCGCUUUACCUCUAUCACAAGUUGACAACAACACCACUUACAACAACAAUCCUCGGCAUAAUGGCAAUUCCACCAACAUACACAGACCUUGGAAAAUCAGCAAAGGACAUCUUCAAUAAGGGAUAUGGUUUUGGGCUGGUUAAGCUUGAUGUGAAGACAAAGUCUGCAAGUGGAGUGGAAUUUAAGACAUCCGGCUCAUCCAAUGUAGACACCAGCAAGGUCACUGGAACUCUGGAAACUAAGUACAAGUGGUCUGAGUAUGGCCUGACGUUCACAGAGAAGUGGACCACAGAAAACACACUUGGGACAGAAGUCUGUGUCGAGGAUCAGAUCACUAAAGGGCUGAAACUUACUUUUGACACUACAUUUUCACCAAAUACUGGCAAGAAGAGUGGCAAAGUCAAGACAGCUUAUAAAAGGGAAUAUGUUAACGCUGGUGUCGAUGUAGAUUUAGAUUUUGCUGGUCCUACCAUCCACGCAGCAGCAGUGGCUGGUUAUGAGGGAUGGCUGGCUGGCUACCAGAUGACCUUUGACACAGCCAAAUCCAAGAUGUCCCAGAGCAACUUUGCUGUUGGCUACAAGACUGGAGACUUCCAGCUUCACACCAAUGUAAAUGAUGGUUCAGAGUUUGGUGGAUCCAUUUACCAGAAGGUCAACGACCAACUGGAGACUGCUGUGAAUCUUGCCUGGACAGCAGGCAGCAACGGCACUCGCUUUGGAAUUGGUGCUAAAUACCAGUUAGACUCCAGUGCCUCCAUAUCGGCUAAGGUGAAUAACGCCAGCUUGGUAGGAAUUGGAUACACCCAGACUCUGCGGCCUGGCAUGAAACUAUCCCUGUCGGCACUGGUGGAUGGAAAGAAUAUCAAUGCCGGUGGUCACAAACUUGGUCUUGGGCUGGAGUUGGAGGCAUGAGUAUCUGAUUCACCAUUUCACUAGAAGAGGAAUAUCAGUUGAAUCUAGCACUGAUUCUUCCUGUCUGGUCAGCAGCAGAUGUUGUAAAGAAAUGAAGCCAAAAAACAACAAAAAACCCCCAGUUCUCGAGCACUACUAGGAUGGAAACCUUUCCUCCACCAGCCUCCCUUUGUUGUAGCUACAAUAGAUAGACAACUUCAGUCAGACAUAUUAAUAAAUCAUUUGCUCCUUCUGCCUAUUUAUCCUGCUUAGGUAAAACCAUGUUGAAUGUUGGCUUCUUCAGUUCGACAAUCCAGGAAUGGUUCCAAAAUCACAAAACCUUGUUAUCUUGCUAAAGUGUGAUGAUGUAGAAUGUAAAUCUAAGCUGUUAUUUUGCACAGUAGAGUAUACCUUUAUUUAAGCUCUUCCUCCUGUUUUAAUUGCACAUUUUAUUUAUAUUUUGGAAGUGAUGUUUCUGCCAGUUGGGAGGAUUACUCCAACUCUCUUGGCUUGUCUUCACUUAUCUUUGUGGAAAAGCUUAAUUAUGCUGUGUGAUGAGUUUCAGACUCCUACCUUAAAUACCUGCUUCUAGGUUGCUAGAUGGAUUUUAUUUUUUCUCAGUGUGACUUGAGUGAAAGAAUAUCUGACUGAAUCAUCCACCUUUCUUCUUCCCAUUUGAGGACUGUAACACUUAUCAGGAACUUGUUUGGCGUGUGUCAACCUUUGCAAUAAAGUCUUGAAGUCAACCUUU